AUUCAAAAACCGACCGCGGCUGGUUUGGCUUUGGCGCGUAUUGUGUCUCAGUCGCGCGUACCGUGCACACUCACGCCACCUCACGUCGUCGUCGUCGCUGCUCCACUGUCGUUGCCAGUACACGGAAAUCAUCGCAAUCUGUCAGAGUUACAUUGAUAUCCAAGAACACGUAUGAUGUGUCGUUACACUCUAUUGCUGUCAGCCGGAGUCUUAGCGAUCCUGUUGGCAAACCGCGGUGAAAAAUGUUUUGUCCAGGGCUUACCGAUAUCCGAAACUUACGAUAUACCAAUGGAAAAAAAUGGACUUCCACAGGUUCCAACACCACGGAAUAUUGAUCGGGAUGUUCAAGAGUUGGAAAAAUUGAAAGAUCCAGGAGCGCUGUCUGAAUCAAUUUCAAUGACGAAAACACACGAGUCUUCUUACGUGAAUGACAACGGAAAAGAGAUAACUAAUUCUAAAACAAAACAACAAUUGAUUAAAGACGACGAGUUGAUGGCCAAACUGGAGCAAAAAAUGUCAUCGAGACACGAUCACGAGACUGGUGGUCGGCCGAAUACAAAAGUACAAUUGUCGGUGGACAUACCGAGCAAGGGCAUACACAAACAGACGAUGUACGCUUCGGACGGCGAACCGCCGAGGAAACGAGACGGCAAAUACAGAGAAUACGACAAAAAAAACUACGACACGCAGUUCCCUCCACCAGUGUCUUCUUAUUUCAACGUGGAAGCGACACCCGAGGAUAUGGCGGAAUACAUUUUCUUCACAAAGGACUUCAAGUCGGUGACGCAGGCAAUAGAGAAAUUAAUCCAGGAUGGAAGGUUGGAUCGCGAAUCGGCUUUGGCUUACUUAGACAAGAUCGACAGGGAGCUGUACCGACUCGACGCCCGGUACUCCGACCCAAGCGUAGAAGUAUCAAACAAAGACAUCGAAAACCCAAUAAAAUUCCAAAAGAACUAUGAAUCUUCCGAUUUCAAUGACAUUGAUGGAACGUUGACCGAACUAAAAGAAAUGCAACAGUUACUCCGAGACAAGUAUAGCAAAAAAAGCAUCGACUUGGAUGAGGAAGAUUACAACUCAAAACGAAUUCGAAAAAUCUUAGAAGCCAAACUGCGCAUGUCUGAUUCACAGUAUAAUCGACUUUUGGAAACGCUGACGGCUCCAUCAGAUUAUACGUAUGCCCAAACGAUGAUGGACGAAAUCAUUUAUCAACUAGCUAAGCUCAUGUUCAACCAGGGACUUUUUAUCGGCGGGUCGGAAGCUCAAGAAUCUUUACAAAAGUUCACGGACUUCUUGGAAACAGAAGCGAGCCGGGGAAGAAUUUCUAGAGCCCUUGAGAAAAAGAUAUUGGAUUUACUGAUAACUUCGCUUUCGGAUACAUUGACCGAACAUCCGGAACUGAUGGCCGCCGCCAAAGAAGGUUUUAGCAAAUACCUAGAUGCCUACCCCAAUCCAGAAUCGAACGAUAUCCACCAGAUGAAAAAUGACAACUUUUCUGCAAAGACGAGAAGAGACACCGAGACUCCAGCGAGAGGUCAGCAGAAUACCGACUUGGAAACGACCGUGGUGAAACGGAGCGUGAAGACGUCUGGUAUCGAAGACGACAAAGUCGAUAGCGUAGUGGCGAAAAAUAAAAAAUAUAUAUAAACAUAUUAUUAUAUUAAUCUCAACGUCGUAGACUAUUAAUUCAAACAAAAAAAAAAAGGAAUCUCUCCUCCUGAAUAAAAAAAUUAGUCUCAUAAUAUUCAUCACAUUUAUAUUCUAUUAUUUGAUAUAAUAUUAUACAUUUGUGUGUGUGCGUGUCUGAGUGUGACGUUCCCGACUACCACUUCCGUACCUAUGUACUUCCUCGUCAACCUAUAUUUCUGUAUUGCUGAUAAUCCCUCUUUUCCGUCGUCUCCCAACACUCAAUAUCCCGUUUAGGUAAAAUUACAUUUUUAAAUAUUAUAUUAUACUUACAAACGACUCUAUAAAAUAUAUUAUAUUAAAUGAUAUCUCUAUUUUUUACGUGUAACGCGCGACGAAAUCGUGUUGGGUGUGUGCAGUGCUAUAUUAUACAUUUUGUGAUUUGUGAUAAUUUAAUUAUAUUACUAUAUACAUAACAUUAUAUUAUACCAUUUAUAUAGUGUUUAUCAUAUUUAAAUAA